AUGAUGCGUCAGCUCCACUACGGGAUGUUGGAACACGUAACGGACGACGGGGCCGUUUCCGAAGCAUUGGCAGUGACCGGCGGAGUGAAACGGGGCGGCGUACUCGCUCCACUUCUCUUCAACUUAACGUUUGUUGCCGUGCUGAUCGACGCCUACGAUAACGAGGUCCUUGGGAUAUGCAGCGCCUACAGGGCUGACGGGGAUCUUCUCAAUGGCUGGCACAUGCAGUUCCCAACGCGGUUAUCUACGACUGCAGUCCAUGAUCUGCUCUUCGCGGACGACUGGGCAUCCAACACCACGACCGAAGAGGACAUGCAUCGGAGCAUGGACUUCGGACUAACAAUCAGCACGGACAGAGCGGUGGUCAUGCGCUAA